GUGGCGGUAAUCAAGCAAAACGGCCGCCGACCACUGUUAAUGUGAAGAAGAAGACGAAGAUAUGCGUCACUGUUCAAAACAAAAGUUCCGCCUGUCUGGCGCCGUGUCUUCAGGAAGAUGUCUCAAAAUACUCCCGACAAGGACGACCAAACGUCAAGUAACAAAAAAAACAUCUCCCUCCCAAUGUCCAGAGUGAGGUUGAUAAUGAAGAGCUCCCCCGAUGUCUCCAGCAUUAACCAGGACGCUCUUUUUCUCACCACUAAAGCUACAGAGCUGUUUGUCCAGCACCUGGCUCUCGCUUCAUUCAACGGCUCCGGGAAAGAAACCAACACUCUAUCGUACAGCGACCUGGCUCAAACCGCAGAGGAGAAGGAGGUUUUCCACUUUCUUACAGAUAUCCUCCCAAAGAAGAUCUUGGCUCGAGAUUAUCUUCAAUCUUUGGACCAAAUGCAAGAUGAUGAUGAUGCUGACUUUUAAAAAAGACACUGGUUACAUUUCACAGAUGUUAUCAAAUGCACACGUCCUGCCAUUCAUUAAAUGCACUAGCAGAAGAGAUACACUGAACUUUCUCAAUGCUUUUUUUAAGAUACAUUGACAGAAUUCUGCUGUAGGACUUAUGCAAGACUUUAGGGGACACAGAAUUGAAAGUAAAGCCACAUAGGUCAAAUGUAAAAUCAAGUAAAGACAUAGAAAUUAUCUUUAAACACAACAACACACUCUUAGAGGUACAUAGAAGUUUUACUGUAUGUCUAAGAUAAAUACCUGAUGCCAGAAAUCUAAAUGUGUAACAAUGGCUUAAACAAAGCAGUCUUAGAUGAAUCAUAAUGCAAUCACCCCUUAACAUUUUGGAAUUUGUUUUGCAUUUGGCCUGUAUUCCCAAACUAUCUGAAGGUUUUGUGGUAGCAUUUCUUUUAAGGUCCGGGCUUGUUUUGCAUGCACAAUAAUCAGCAGGAGUAAAUUGUUUUUUCUUUAUAACUUGCAGGCCUAUAUGGGCUUUACUCCAUGUAGCGGACCAAGAUGUAAUGGGAAUCCAUUCCACACAGCUGGUGCACAAAUGUCUCAGUUCCAGAGUUGUUAUUGCCUUUUAAAUAGGAUUGGGUAUUUUAGAGGUGCUAUCAAACAUUAAUUUCAAAGUCAAAUAUACUGAUGUUAAUAUUCUAAGUUACAUAUGAUAGUAAAAAAAGAGAUCUUGUCAUGUUUGAGUUGUGUGUAGUUUAUCAUAAAUACUUGAAAGUAUAAAUACCUCCUUUUUUACAGCUUCACUACAAAGCAAGUGAACAUGCUGCAUCUUUCCAAAUACAAAUUCACACUCAAGCUUAAUAGAUGUGAAUAUUUAAAGUGUAUAUAUGAACUGACCACCUUACUACGCAUCAUCCUCAUGCAUUUACAAAUUGUUUAGAUUUGAUAUUAAAAUAAAGAUUCAUGCUGUCUGA